AUGCACACCUCAUUCGACCCGUCGCUCCCCCCUCCCACGAUCCGCGAAGAAGACUGCCCCUUCUGCGCCAUCGCCGCCGCCCACCCGCCCUUCUCCCCCAUCGACCCUCCCAACCCGUUCCCCUCGAACUUGACGGCGCCCCAGUCCUUCGUCGUCCUGUCCACGCCCGCGCUCAUCGCCUUCCUCGACAUCCUGCCCCUCAGCCACGGCCACCUGCUCCUCUGCACGCGCGCCCACCGGCCAAAACUGACGGACGUGACCAACCCGGAGGCGCGCGACCUGGGCGGCUACAUCCGCCUGCUGUCCGCGGCGCUGGUGCGCGCCACGGGCAUCGCCGACUGGAACGUGGUGCAGAACAACGGCGCCGCGGCGGCGCAGGUCGUACCGCAUAUGCACUACCAUCUCAUCCCGCGGCCCGAGAUUCGUGCCAGCGGGAGGUUUCGCGAGAGCUUCACCAUGUUUGGGAGGGGGCAGAGGGAGGAGCUGGAUGAGGAUGAGGCGGAGCACUUGGCUGAGGAGCUGAGGCAGCAGAUUGCGGAGAUUUUGAGGGAGGAGCAGGAUGAGGCGGAGAGCAAACUUCCGAAACAAAAACUAUAA